AUGUUGAAACGAUUGAAUGCCAUUUUUCAUAGACCAGGCGCGUCAUUCCAGGUCCUAUCUGACCUGCACCUCGAAGUCAAUCGACAAUACCAAUCAUAUGAAGUGCCGGCGUGCGCACCCCAUCUCAUCCUCGCGGGAGACAUUGGACGUCUCUGCGACUAUGAAGACUACCGCGACUUCUUGCAAAUGCAGACCGAUCGCUUCCGGCUAGUAUUCUUGGUUCUUGGCAACCACGAGAUCUACAGUCAAAGCUAUGAAUCGGCACUGGAAAGCGCCAGAUUCCUGGCGCAGGAAGAUUGCUUCGAGGGACGACUGAUUCUCCUCCACCACUCGCGCUACGACAUGCCCGAUUCGCCUGUCACGAUCCUGGGUUGUCCACUCUGGUCUCAUAUUCCCAAAGAGCAAAGGGGGAUCGUGGCAUCAACCAUCCAGGACUUUAAGCAGAUCGAAGGCUGGUCCAUUGAGGAACACAAUCAAGCCCACGAGUCCGAUCUCGCUUGGCUGUUGCGUGAGAUCGAUUCGGUGCAGGUCGCCAACAGAGACAAGCCGGUUGAUGAACGACGGACGAUUCUCGUCGUCACGCACCAUGCGCCGUCCGUCCAAAAGACAUCUCAUCCACAGUAUCAGUAUAGUCCGUGGAGAUCGGCAUUUGCGACCGAUGUGCUUUCGCGCAUUCCCGAAUUGAAUAAUGUCAAAGCGUGGAUUUUCGGCCACACGCAUUAUUGUACGGACGUCAAAGAACGAGGUGUUCGAAUUCUCGCGAAUCAGCGUGGAUACAAAUUUACAAGUGACGACUCGAAGGAGCCCAAGGAUGGGUUUGAUUUGAGGAAAGUCAUCCAUGUAUAA